GUCCGUUUUUCCACAACGCCCGGCCCUGGAUGGCUGCCCUGGGAGGGGCGCUGCUGGCCGGGCUGGCUCUCCUCACUGCUGCUCUCUACCUGUUCAGGGUUAAAGGAAAGCAUGAGAAAGGGAUCGUGAUGCAGAAAUUGGUGAGUCUCCUUCUCUUCCUCACACAGGAGCUUCUCCAGAGCCUGGACAAGGCAGUGGCCUUUUCACUUUCAGAGUCAUGGAGAAGAUAUGCAGUGCCUAUAGAAGAAGCGAGGGUGAUCCUGGACCCGGACACAGCCCACUGUGAGCUCAUCCUGUCCGAGGACUGCCGGGACGUGAAGCGUGAGGACGUGCUGCAGGACAUCCCCGACAUCCCCCAGAGGUUCAACCCCUGGCGCUGCGUCCUGGGCCGAGAGGGCUUCACCUCGGGGAGGCACUUCUGGGAGGUGGAGGUGGUGGACGGGGCAGGGUGGACGGUGGGUGUCUCCAGACAAGAUGUGAAGAGGAAGGGUGAUAUUGAGUUCAAACCGGAGGAGGGCAUCUGGGCGGUGGGGAAAUGGGCAGGGCAGUUCCAGGCACUCACCUCCCCCAGUCGCACGUUCCUGUCUGAGAUCCAGCCUCCCAGGAGGAUCCGGGUCUCUCUGGAUUAUGAAGAGGGACGGGUGGCAUUUUUCAGUGUUGAUGAGGAAAUUCCCAUCUUCACAUUUCCACUGGUGUCAUUCGAGGGGAAAAAAGUCCACCCUUGGGUCUGGCUGGGUCCUGGGACGUGGCUCAAAAUGUGGCCCUGA